AUGUUGGCGGCGCAUCGUGACCAAGAGAACCUGGUUCUAAGCCAGCAGAUCCCAACGAAACAGCAGCACAAUUCACGAUUUCCCAAGACGCCUUCUCGUUUCCCUCAGCAUGACGAGAAUGCCCCAACUGCCUUUACUGGCAAAGGCGGGGUGAAGACCAUAAACAAAGGCAAUGGAACUCGACAAGCCAUGGUCACUCCAAUGGGUAUGAAUGACGUCCUAGAAACAGAAAGCAAUUGGCUAAUACAGUUUCUCAACGCAGGAGGCCGUAGUCGAGCUCCUCUGGGUAACAAAACCACCAAUGCCAAGGCUAAGAAUGGGCAGUUGGGGGGUGUGAAGAACCUUGUUAAGGACAUCGAACAGACGACACUCAAACCAACAGCUCAAAAGCCCAAACAACGACCGAUAGACCUUGCGCCUCUUGAGAUUCGACUCAAAGAAGAACAAAAGACCAUCGAACCGCAGGAGGAGGAGCCUGAAUACGCCCCGCCAAAGCCCAAGGACCUUCCUUAUGAAUCCGAUUGCUUCCCCAGAGAUAUGUUGACGCUCGAGGGAUUGAAGAAGGACAAUCUGUUCAAGGGAUACUACCAGCACUUUUACAAUCCUGUCGACGAUGAGGGUGUUUCUCGACGAGAUAGGGAGUUUGCUGAAACUAUGAAAAGGGUCGCAAGCAGGGCUGAGCAGAAGAACAAACAAGAGACAGAUGCUUUGACUUUCAACAUCAACGAUUUGUCAGAUGAUGAAGAGCAGAUCAAGAAGCCAGCAUCCAAGACUUCUAUUUUGGAUGCGUCGGAACGUAAGGUCAACAGCAUUCGAAACAAACAGCCAUCCAGUCUGGCUUCGAGACGUGCUGCCUCUGCUUUGUCCAUUCACUCAGACAUCAGCAGUAACAAAAGGCUCCCUACAGUAGUCCGAAGCACAAAGCCACGAAAGCCUUUGACGGGCUUGUAUCAGGGCAGAAAGCCUGCUGCUCGGAGCAUCGUCCCUACGAAAGCAUCACGAGCUGAGAGUGCUACAGGCGAGGCUGCGUCACGAACUACUAUUGGCUACAACCGUGGAAGGUCCGCGUCGUCCAUGGUCGGCGCUCAACGGCGUGAAGCUGCUGCGCCUGUGGGAACACGGCGUGCAGUCAAGCAUUCAGAGACAGUGAGCUCUGUACAGUCUGAUCUGACCAUUACUCCGGCACGUCUCCGCCAGAAGGAGCAGGAGAUCAAGCCUCGACCUCAGUUCAUGUCGAUCUUUGAUGAGGAUGGUGAAGAUGAUGACCUUCCACCACUGAGCCAGCCUCUCCACAUUUCCGAUGAUGAAGAUGAGGAGUUUGAGCUCAAGUUUGACUUUUAA